AUGGAGCAGCCGAGCCCGCCAUGGUAUCCAACCACAGAGGUCCGCCCUUCUGCAAACGCUCUCUCGAAGACGCACAGCUCAACGACUUCGACUCGGCAUAAACGGCGUCCUGCGGCUUGUGUCCGCUGUCGUCGGCGAAAGGUCCGCUGUGAUGGCUCCGUACCCACAUGCUCCAACUGUGCGAAAGCUAGUGUAGACUGUAUGGAAGGGCGAGCUGCGUCUGCUGUAUCCAGAAGCCGAUUAUACUAUCUGGAACGGCGCGUUCGAGAGCUAGAAAGACUAGAAACAUCGCCACUACGCGACAAUUUCGACAAUAGCCAAAGCGCCUUUGAUCAAAAUCAACUGCUUGGUGGGCACAAUGCAAGUCCGCCACAAACCUCUGUAGUGGCUGAACAUCAUGGCCUUGACCUGAGUCAAAACCACCACAGCCCUCCCGUAGAGUCAUCGGCUGUCCCGAGCUCGACCCAGAUCACUCACAACCAACCGCUGGCCCAUGAGGUCGGCCUUCUGUCCCUGGCCAGCAAUACAGAUCCUAAAUAUUUAGGCCCAUCAUCUGGAGUUUCAUUCGCCCAGCUCAUCUAUGAAAGCGCCCCCCAGUCACAAGGCUUGCCAUUGCCGCUACUUAGAAGCCAAGGGACACGGCAAGAGCUGCACGCUCUUCCACCUACAGUAACGGGGCAGGCGCUCACGUCAGAAGUCUCUAGCAUUCCACCCAUCCACUUGCCCUCCCCAACAGAGUGCCAGCAGUACGCAGAGGCUUAUUUCGAGAGCACGUGUCUUUAUCCUUUUAUCUCACAGGACAGGCUAUAUGAGCUCCUAAGCCAAGUCCUGAAGUUUAAAGAGACAUCUACAUGGAAUCAUCCGGUCCCUAUUAGACUAGCUGCGGCGCAGCUAGGUCUCGUUCUGUCCUUGGGGGCACGGUUCCUUGAAUUACGACUCGGGUCCGAAUUUGACUCCCGCGACCUUCUUGUCUCUGCCAUGACUCACUGCUCCCAGAUAUGCCUUCAGGAUAGCGUGGAGGGUAUACAAGUCCUGUUACUGAUGGUUCUUCACAGCUUCUAUAGUCCAGAGGGCCUAAAUGCUUGGUAUCUUCUCCACACUAUCAUUGCAAGCUGUCUAGACCUUGGCCUUCAACGACGGCAUGGAUAUGCUCCAGAGUUGAAUUUGACGACAUACCCCGUGACCGCACAAAGACGUAGCGCCAUAUUCUGGUCGGCAUAUUCAAUGGAUCGGACACUAACAACUAUUCUCGGUCGUCCAUUGACCCUCAGAGAUGAGGCCAUUGAUCAGCCAUUUCCAGGUCUUGAGGGAAGCGAUGAAGUUGACGAAGCAGGAACUCAGUGGCAUCGUGCAUGUAUUACGUCGGAAAUGAACAUGCAGCCCUCCGAGCAGAUACCCUCGACGUAUCUAGCAUUUAUUUACUCCCUACGAUUUGACCGAAUCAUUGCUGAGAUCAAGCUAAUGAUUUACCGCGUCUCUCGCUCGCCACGUCGUUUUCCCUGGCCAUCGAAUAUUCCCGCCUGGCAACGGGAGACAGAACAAGCUUGCAAGAACCUCCUAACCGAAGUCCACAAUCAGCAGCGCGGCCGUCCGCUGUGCGGCCGCAGCUCACUAUCUGGAACAACCGUGCAACGCCUGGAGAUCAAAUUCCACCAAUGCAUCAUACUCCUCUACCGACCGAGCCCUCAGUUGCCAUAUCCAAGCUUCGAUGCCAUCAAAACAUGUUUUGGUAGCGCAAUGAAGAUAAUCCAGAUCAACGCAGAGCUUCACCGCUUCUUGAACAUGGAGUUGUCGUGGCUCUCUGCUCACUCUAUCUUUGUUGCUGCCAUCACAGUGCUGUAUUGCCUCUGGGCUUACCCUACGGUGAGAGGUCUGAUGCCGGUAAUCGUUCCAUUAUCCCGUGUAGAGUCCGCCUUGGAGCUCCUUACAUUCCUUAAACGGCAAUGGUCUGUAGCAGCGCAGCCAUGCGAAAAGCUCUCACGACUCAUUGCCUUGACUCGCGAAAGUAUUUCCGAGACCGCCGAGAACCCAAGGCAAUCUGAGACUACGGAUAACAAUAUAAGAAAUCCGGCCGCUGAGACACAGGUUGGGAAUGGGGCUAGCGCCGUGCCUCAAGAAGACGGCAGGUCGCUGUUGAUCGAUGAAUUGGGUAUCCUGCGGGAUCUGUUUGACCUCGGCUGGCUCAGUGACUGGGGCUCGGAUCCUACGCAGCCGCCUGUCUGGGAUACCUCAGGGCUUAUGACGGGCUUUGAUGCUCGGCGGGAUUCUGGUGCAGGUCGUCGUGGUGGAUGA